CGCGGUGACGCUACAAGAGCAGCCUCAAAUUCCGCGGGCAGAAACAUACCUACCUGGGAUAGAGAACACAUCUAUAUAUACGCACAUAUAUACACGCACCGUCAGGUAUGGCAUCGUCCAACGACGCCGGCGGGGCGCAGGAGGCGCCGAAGCAGAAGAAGCAGGUCCUGCUCAACGCCUUCGUCAUGACGACGCCGGGCCACCUGUCGCCCGGGCUGUGGCGGCACCCGCGCAACCGGACGGACGAGUACAACAAGCUGGGGUUCUGGACGUCGCUGGCGCGGCUGCUCGACGACGGCGGGUUCCACGCCAUGUUCAUCGCGGACACGCUGGGGCCGUACGACGUGUACCGGGGGCCGGCCAACGCGGACCCGGCGCUGGCCGCCGGCGCCCAGUUCCCCGUGCACGACCCGCUCUACACCGUGCCGGCCAUGGCGGCCGCGACGCGCAACCUCGUCUUCGGCGUCACCGCCUCCACCACCUACGACCCCCCCUACGCCCUCGCCCGCCGCUUCUCCACCGUCGACCACCUCGCCAACGGCCGCGUCGCCUGGAACAUUGUCACCUCCUACCUCGAGAGCGCCGCCCGCAACUUCGGCCUCGAGACCCAGAUCGAGCACGACGAGCGCUACCGCAUCGCCGACGAGUACAUGGACGUCGUCUACAAGCUGUGGGAGGGUAGCUGGCGGGACGACGCGGUGGUCCGGAACCGCGAGACGGGGCAGUUUGCGGUGGCGGGGCGGGUGCGGCCCAUCAACCACAAGGGCAAGUACUUCCAGGUGCCGGGGCCGCACAUCGCGGAGCCGUCGCCGCAGCGGACGCCGUUCCUCUUCCAGGCCGGCACGUCCAAGGCGGGGACGGACUUCGGGGCGAAGCACGCCGAAGCCGUGUUCAUGGGCGGGCAGCUACCGGAGCUGGUGCGGCAGUCGGUCGACGCGCUGCGGCAGACGGCGCAGGAGCGGUGGGGGCGCGACCCGCGCAGCAUCAAGGUGUUCACGGGCGUGUGUGUCAUCGUCGACGAGACGGACGAGAAGGCGCGCGCCAAGUACCGCGAGCUGCUGUCGUACGGCGACCGCGAGGGCGCCCUCGCGCUGUUCGGCGGCUGGACGGGCCAGGACCUGUCCCCCUUCGACGACGACGAGGACCUUGUGCUCGCGGACCGCCCGGCCAUCCGGUCCAUCCUGCACCGCUGGUCGACCACGGUGCCCGGCAGCGAGGGCCUCAAGUGGACCAAGUCGCGGGUCGCCGAGUUCCUGUCCGUCGGCGGUAUGAUGCCCAAGAUCAUCGGCAGCCCGAAGACGGUGGUGGACGAGCUCGAGCGGUGGGUGGAGGAGGCGGACGUGGACGGGUUCAACCUGGCGCACGCGGUGAACCCGGGGUCGUUCGAGGACAUCAUCGAGUUCGUGAUCCCGGAGCUGCGGCGGCGGGGCCUGUUCCGGACGGGGGUGGAGCGCGAGGGGGCGACAGCACGGGAGGUCUUCUUCGGGCAGCCACACCUGCUAGCGGACCACCCAGGGUACCAGUUCAAGUGGCACGUCGACGCGUGAGCGAGGAGGCGACGAGGGCCAAGGGAGAGCGACGUGGGCAGGGUGGGGAUUGUCCGGCGGGCGAGAGGACGUCUCCGUCGACCAUCUGUCGCCGGCAGCGGGGCACGUACAGACGUGUGCGUAGAGGAAUCUGGCGUGUGGAGGUAGGUAUUAGGUAGGUAUUGGCCGUCGUCGUCGUAGCCGUCGUCGUCGUCGUUGGUUGUGCACAGGAUACAGGCAGGGUCCCAUCUGGACUGGAAGAGGGGAGAAAAUAUCGGGGUUUCC